AUGGCCAACCCGCUCCUCACGCCGUUCACUCUCCCGGACGGCACGGAGCUCUCGAUGCGCAUCGUCUACGCGCCGCUCACGCGCGACCGCGCCCUCGGGACCAUCCCGCAGCCGAACGCCGCGAUUUACUAUGGGCAGCGCGCGCACAAGGGCGGGCUCAUGCUCACCGAAGCCACGUGUAUCUCACCCGAGGCGCACGGGUACCCCGACACCCCGGGAAUCUACACGGAGGCGCAGAUCGCGGCGUGGAAGCCGGUGAUCAAGGCGGUGCACGACAAGGGCGCGCGGUUCUACUGCCAGCUGUGGCACGUCGGCCGCGCGUCGCACCAAGAGUACCAGCCUGAUGGCGCCGCGCCGUUGGCUCCGUCCGCCAUUCCCAUCCGUAGCGAGGACAAAGUGUACAUCAGCACUGGCGCCGCGGACUAUCCCACGCCCAGAGCCAUGACCGCCGAAGACAUCAACAAGGUGACGGAGCAGUUCCGCGUGGCGGCGCGCAACGCGAUUGACGCGGGGUUCGAUGGGGUGGAGGUGCAUGGCGCGAACGGGUACCUGCUGGAGCAGUUUAUCAAGCCUGAGGGCAAGUUCGGACCCGAGGUGGCCCACCUCAUUAUCCCCACUCUCUCAACAACCCACCUCCACUCUUCCGCCACCUUCCUCCCCCACUGCCAGGACGGCAGCAACAAGCGCGAGGAUGAGUUUGGCGGGUCCCUGGAGAACAGGAUUCGGUUCCCCCUGCAGGUGAUCAAGGCAGUGGCGGACGAGGUGGGCGCCAGCAGGGUGGGCGUGCGCCUGUCGCCGUACAGCACGUUCCUGGAUGCUGUUGACUCCGACCCCGUCGCCACGUACGUGGGCAUGGUGGAGGCCGUCAACGGCUUGGGCCUGGCGUAUGUGCACUUCAUCGACGCCCGCGUGCGAGGCAACGACGACAUAGCGACUGUGAAGGAGACUCUGGAGCCAUUCCGCAAGGCAUUCAAGGGGCCCUUCAUUGCUGCCGGUGGCUACAAGCGCGAGAGCGGCAUGGCAGCCAUUGAGAGCGGGGCGGCGGAUCUGAUCACGUACGGCCGCCUCUUCCUCGCCAACCCCGACCUCCCAAAGCGCUUUGAGCUCAACGCGCCGCUCAACGCGUACGACCGCAGCACCUUCUUCAUCCCCGACCAGGUCAAGGGGUACAUUGACUACCCUUUCCUGGAGGAGCCUACUAAGGCGGAAUAG